AGCGAAGUGGAUUAAUUAUUAACAGAAACGACAAAACUGAAAGAAUUGAAAUUGAAGUGAAAAUACUACACUAAAUUACAGUAUGGCAAGCAUAUCGUCGAUUUUGAACGACCAUAUAGCAAUAUAGUUUAUGAUUGUUUUCUGGUGUAGAUUAUUUAACCAGAAGACGGGCUCAUUUUAAUCAAUGUGCUUGCAGCUACGUACGUGAUCGCUAUCGACAAGUUUUUACGGCGACAGAGCAUCAAAGUGUCGCUGAGAUGUAGUUUUCUCGAAAUACGCGAUUACCGCAAGGUAAUAUAACCAUGUGACUGAAUUGUCUCGAGGCGUACGCUUAUCGCAGAGUUUGUCUCGAUUACAAUUGAUUCGAUUAGCGUGCUCGAAUUUGACAAAGCUAAUUUUCCAACAAAAUCAAAUUGAACAGUUCGUGCGCAUACUUCGGAGCAUCGAGUGACAGUGUCUACUGCGCCAUUUGUCGACGAGGAAAUUUUCGCUGUUAACUCGUCAAUCCCAUGCAGCUGUACGAGACGUGCGAAAACGUCACAAGCGCUUGCGGCUGAUGGGACUCUCAAGUGUCCAUUUAGCGAAGAGCGAUAUAGCGGGGAAGGGAUGCGCAGGCACGUUGACCAAGGAAAGAAACAGUUCGACUGUAGGCAUGCCUCUUUAGUUUAGCGCGUUCGACCCUUGGAAUGCCUUCCGAUAAGGUGGAACAGAGUAAUUCUUCGGUGCCUGACACUGAUCGUGAAACUAAGAAAUACUGGCCAAAAAAAGCUUGGAUGACGGAGCAAGAAAACGAAAAUAAGCUUGCGAAGAAAAAGCAAAUGCGAAUCGAAAAACAUAUAAAGCUAAGGACUCAACGAUUAAAAUUAAAACAGAUUAUAUUGGACAGAAAACAAACAGAAAUCAUAUUAGCGUUAAAGAAAGAAUUUCGAAAGGCUCAAAAGAACCAAUCGAUGUGCAAUACGUUGGAAGAAGAAGCUAUAGAAUCAGCCAAUGAAAAAUAUCAACGUUUUGCUGAGCUACAGUUAAGAUGUUUAAGAAAGAACAACGUCGUUAGAAAGUACGAUCUAACUCUAGUAGUGACAAAUCCUCUUGCAGAUGUUCAAAAUAUCAAAGAAUAAUUUAUCGUACUUAUUGAAUCAUAUAUUUGUGCUUAAAGAAUUUCUGAAAGCAAUAAUUUUUAAUUACUUUGGUGUGUGGUGCUACAACAAUGAACAAUAAUAAAUAAUAAUGAAUAAUAAUGAAUAAUAAUGUACAUCAAGGAUACUGCAGUAAAUCUCAAGACCGCUUGGUUGACCGUCGAGAUAAACUAGAUUUUCCAUGUGUUUUGCGGAUACCAUAUAUCUUCCAUAUUAGGUGGCAUUGAAGAUCGAAAAUUGCUAUACCGGUCUGUAGUAUCCUACUAUCGUCAACGCUGUUGUUGUACCCUCGCGUUCAGAUUUCGUAAUUUCAUAUUUUUUAAGCUUAUAUAUUUUUGCAAUAAAAUAAAAAUUUGUUUGUCAAUUGUACUCUAUUUCAUGUAUUAAACAAUAAAACCUUCGA